AUGGAAGGUCUUGAGCGGGAUGAAGAUGUAUCCGAAUGGUGCAUCUUACAUGUUUUGGCUCGAAGAUUUGCCAUUCCAGCCUUGGCAGAAGAGACUUUGAGCCGAUAUCAGACCUGUCGGUCUCCUUUCUGGCAAGGUAAUUGGCUCCCACGGGAGAGUGAGGUUGACUAUCUGUACCGACUGCCUGUUUUGUCCAUUCAUAUGAGGAACUUCAUUGUCAACCACUUCAUGGCCGAGACAUUCUCUUCUUGGAGUAAGGGUGACAUACGGGAGCUGGCAACCCUGGCGGCAUCCAACGUCAGCUUCAACUGCGACAUCCUCCGAGCGUACAAACAGCACUUGAUCAUGGAAGUCCACUCAUCUGGCUUCUGUGGUGUUCAAGCCUGUCUAGUGCACAAUCAGUGGACGACUUCGGAUGUUGAAAUGCUCGAAAGGUCACCGUCAGCGACGCCCGAGCUUGCUGAGUCAAAUGGCUCAAUCGAUGGUGUCUCGAUGGAAGAGAAAGCGGCCACGGCGGCUACAGAGGUGCACAAAGAUACGGCAGAAUACAGAAGCAUCUCUGCAGAUCAACUUCUGGGACAAGAAACCGGGCUGUCAGCCUCUGGGGCAUAA